AUGCUCCAAAGAAAAAUAAUAGUGCCUUCCAAAAGAAAAUAAUAGACAGAUUCUUAACAAUAGGAUGAUUUUUAUUUUGAAAGUAACUUCGAAACUGUUGAGAUGGAGGAGAUAACUUCAAUGUUAGCUAAGAGACUUAAGUUUGAAAAUUGUGAGGAAGGGUUGAAUGAAUCAAGAUAAUUUAAGAGAUGUUGUUUCAGUGAUGAGAAAUUUGUAAGUUGUAGUCCAGGAUUAGAAAUACUAGCAAAAUAAUAGGAGAUUUCAAUAAUGCCCAAUGAAAAGCAUUCUACCAAAUAGGUUAAUUAACUGAAAGGAGGAGAAAAGAGAUCCGUUCAGUUGAAGAACAUUACAGAGUUUAAGCAUAUAAGAACUGGUGAAAUAAAUUAUCUGGAAUUUUUUGGAUUCCCUGAUGUUCAGAAAACAAUGAAGGCAAAAAGGAAAAAGGGUAACAAUAAAAUAACCAAGAAGAUUCGUAAAUAUUGA